UAGAAAAAUAGAUUUAGCAGGAGUUUACUUUGACUUGGGCUUUGGUAUUCAGUUUUCAGUACACGCCAUUAGAUCACGGCACCUCCUUUGACAGUGAAGCUUUCAGUUUCAUCACUCACACAACAAUCAUCAUCACCAUUUCAUUCCGACAACUAUCACCAUUCACAAUUCCCAAUCCAAUCUUACCCCCCCUUUUCUUUUUACACCCCCAAUUCUAUUUCUUCUUCGUUUUCAAUGACCAUGGAAACCAUAGAAACUCUCGGUUCUUCUCUCAACGGCGAUUUCGGAUUCACCGCCAACGAUCGUCGCUUCGCCUUUUCACGCCAACCUUCUUUCCAACAACCUCGAACACCGAUUUCCACUCCUUCAACCGAUUCGGGUUUACGAAAACCCUUCCUUUCACGAACUGAUUCCAGCAUAGAUAUCCCUUCUUCUGGACCCAACCACCAUUACUGGUCUUGUCACGAUGAAAAACCUUCUGGGUCAUCAAAAAAAUUGUCUUUUUCGUCUUUUGUUUUGUCCCUUUUUCGAAGUAUUAGAUCUGGUCAUAGGUAUAUGAAGAGAUUGUUUUUUAUGAUCUCGCUUAAUGUUGCUUACUCUACUGUUGAAUUGCUCAUUGGUCUCUUCACUGGUCGUGUUGGUCUGGUGUCUGAUGCAGUUCACUUGACAUUUGGAUGCGGUCUUCUCACGUUUUCUUUGUUUGUUAUGGGUGCGUCUAGAAAAAAACCUGAUGGAGAUUAUACUUAUGGGUAUAAAAGACUAGAAGUUUUGUCUGCAUUUACAAAUGCUCUGUUUCUUUUGUUUAUGUCAUUCUCCCUAGCAGUUGAAGCCCUUCAUGCGUUUAUACAAGACGAAUCAGAACACAAGCAUUACUUGAAUGUUUCUGCAGUGACUAAUUUAUUUGUGAAUCUCAUUGGUGUGUGGUUCUUCAGGAACUAUGCUCGAAUAAAUUUGGCUUACAGAAAUGCAGAAGAUAUGAAUUGCCACUCUGUUUUCCUGCAUGUUCUUACAGAUUCCAUUCGCAGUGCAGGUUUGAUACUGGCAUCCUGGUUAUUGUCCAUAGGGGUUGAGAAUGCAGAAGUCUUGUGUUUGGGACUUGUUUCUGUUGCGGUUUUUAUUCUUGUUUUGCCUCUCUUUAGGGCAACUGGUGGUAUCUUGCUCCAAAUGGCACCUCCCAGCAUCCCAACUACUGCUUUUAGCAAAUGCUUGAGACAGAUUUCUGCUCAUGAAGAUGUACUGGAUGUCUCCCAGGCUCGUUUUUGGGAAUUGGUGCCUGGUCAUGUGGUUGGUUCACUGUCAAUGCAGGUUAAGAAAGGGGUCGAUGAUCGGCCAAUACUAGAAUUUGUGCAUCGUCUAUACCAUGAUUUUGGCGUGCAAGACCUCACGGUGCAGAUUGAUCAUGCAUGAUGAGUUUGUCUCAACUGUUUCAUCCUAAUGAUUAUUACCAAGGGUUGUAUAUACACGCUAAUGUCAUUGUUACUGCUGAAAGGAUAGUAGCAUAACUUCUUAUUCAAGAAAUGGUUUCAUACAACAUAGCAUACUUUUUUUUUUAAUGAUAAAUAGACAAUUUCGAAUAAUCUUUCAAUCAAUUUUAAUAAUUAUGUGUAAAAUUUGAUUGUAACUAGUAACAAAAGAUAUGUCCAAAAAAGAGAGUAACAAAGAAUAGUACUUGACCAACAUAUAUAUAGAAGUAAGAUACUUGAAACAUUUA